UUUUCGUCAUACGAGCUACGAGCUCUUUCGCAAAAAGAUCUCAGCUAGUUGUAGAUAUUCAUAAACGCUGAAAUACGGCGCUAUUACUGUGAGAGAGAUCGCAGUUUGCGAUCCAUAAUCUUUUAAAUCGAUAUACACGAUCGAUUGUACUUUUAUUCAAAUUUAUUUCAUUCAACAGUUGAAAAAUGUUUCUUACAGUAUUUCUCUUAUAUCUCGCGGGAACGCCACUUAUACAAUGCAAGCAGCUUCACGAAUAUAUGACGCCGGCCGAAGUAAAGACAGUUUUUCAUACUCCGCAUGAUCUUGUACCCGAGUACGAAGUAGUGCCAGUACUGCAUCGUUUGAAGAAGCAGACAGAUUCCAAAGAUGACACAUCGGAAAUAAAACUGAAAGCGUUCGAGGAGGACAUGAAUAUAUACUUGAAUCCUACAGAAGGUAGUCUCGCUACUACGAGAACGCCUGUAUGGACCGUCAGUUCCGAUACGGAAUCACCCGAAGGAUUAUUAUAUAAACAAGUACCUGGGGCUAUGAAAUCUUUAGGAGUUACGCUUCAAGAUGUAAGCACCUCCAGCUCAGUUUUACUAACUCCUACUCCUAAUGGAAAAGUACAUUUGGACGGAGUACUUAAAAAUUCAUAUGUCAUAAAAUCUUUACCGCAACGAGUUUUGGACAAAGUCGUUUAUGGAGGACAUAAGCUUUUCGAGCCGCAUCACACCAAAAAUGUGACAAGUGAUGAUGAAUAUGCUAGCACUCAUCAUCACGUAGUAUAUAAAAUACCUCCGUCGAGCCAGUACAAUGAUUUCAAAAUUACAAAUCCUGAGACCCACAGAGCAAAGCGUAAUGCUCCGGAUGUCAUUUAUCCAGAGAUGUUAGUAGUACUCGACUACAGGGAAUUCAAAUUACUUGGCGAAGACUUACAACAAGCCGUGACGUACCUUGUCUCGUAUUGGAAUGGAGUUGAUUUAAGAUUCCGCUCGCUGACCGCGCCUAGAAUUCGAUUAUCCAUCGCAGGAUUAAUUAUAGCCACGGAUGAAAACGCGACUCCGUAUUUGGAAAAAAGUAUCUUUGAGUAUAAACCCAAGCGGAGCACAGUAGAUUCGGAUCUCGCUCUGCGCGGAAUGGCAAAUUAUUUCUAUCGCGAAACCAGAUUUCCACCAGACUUUUAUGAUAUGGCGAUCGCAAUGACACAGCUAGAUAUGUGCAAUAUGCUCACCGACGACUUUUGUGACUCACCAACUUUGGGUUACGCAUACGUAGCUGGUGCGUGCGACAGAAACGCGACGAAGCAGUUAUCCGAAGCCGUAGGAAUCGUCGAAGAUAAUGCUGGAUUCGGCGGCAUUAUUCCUACAGCUCACGAAAUCGGGCAUUUGAUAGGAGCUCGUCACGACGGCAAUCCAAACACCGCUGCCGAGUGUCCGCCUUCCGGUGGCUACAUCAUGACCACUGGGCUUGCGUUGGGUGAGAACGGAUUCAAAUGGUCCAAAUGCAGCAUAAACGCGUUCUACAAGUUCCUCAACGAACCUCGAGCAAAGUGUCUUUACAACGAGCCCAAAGAUGGAGAACAGGUGCCGCGUAUUCUGCCCGGAAAGCUGUUGUCUUUAGACGAACAAUGCAAGAACGUCAUGGGAACAAAGGCGUGUAAUAGAGAUGCUACGGUUUGCACUUAUUUGGAGUGUCAGUAUCCCAAUUUUGAUGAUUGCACAGCAUCAGCUCCUGCAGCGGAAGGCUCACCUUGCGGUGACGGUUUGUACUGUUUGAACGGUAGAUGUGUAUUAGAAGGAAUACCCGCUAAGGAACAAAAGAAGAAACAAUCACCCAAGAAAUUCAAACUUCAAACGAUAAAGCAAAUGCCAUGGGUGGAAAAAAUAGUUGAAAAAAUGGAGGAACUGUUUUCAUGAAAAUAAAUAGAAAUAUUGUUGAGGACCAAAUACGCUGAUAUACGUCUCAUUGCAUUCUAUAUUACUGCUACUUUAAUGGAAUAUCAUGUAAAUAUGCGAAUAAAGUUAAUUUUAAGGAUAUAUUCUUUUAAGAAUAUAUCAUAUUCUGUUUGUGAAAUUUUUCAAUUCUUUGUAUAUAGUGGUUUAUGCAUGUAAAUAAAACAGAAAAGUUAUGCGAUAUACUUGUAUUCACAUGUAAUUCGCGUAACAAUAUUGAUUACUGUAAAUUUUACUACAUACAAAAGAUCUAAAAAUUAUUAUGUUUAUUUUUUGCAUUGUCAUGCAUUAUUAGACAAAUUAUUACUUUUUUGGACAAUUUUAUUAUAUUUUAAUCAAAUUAUUUACAUUAUUUUGCAUUAGAUAUUUUCUUAAUUAAAACACAAAUUAUAUUUUUGCUGAGUUGAAGUCUCAGAAUUAAAGACAUCAUUUAGAAUCAGAGAUUUCAAUACUUUUAUGUUUUUAAAAGUUAAAGCGUGAAAAUCUUUUAAUCUUUGAUAUCAAUAAGUUGUCUUCAAUUCUGAUAUUCUUUGUCUUGAAGCUUAACAUCCAUUUCAUUAUAAAUGUGUGAUAAUUCUGGGAUGUGUUAUAUGAUAUGCAUACUUGUAAAAAUAAAAAAAAAA